AAGGAGCUGAGGGGAAGGGAGCCACUGAAAUGAUGGCGAGAAAAGACAAAACCAUUCCGGCUUUGGGAGGGGGGUGCUAAAAAACGAGCAUAGCGGCAGCUUUUUGUAUCGCAAAAAGCUGGCAGGAUAUUUUGAAAGUGAGCAGGACAUAGCCGUUAGGGGUAAGGGAGCUUUGCUCUCCGGCUAGUAAACACCACAGACGUCGUAGCUAGCUUGCUACCGAAGCUAACCUUUAACGGCAAGGUGCGCUUGACGGUUCGCUACGCCGAGUCGACCGGUGCAUUCGUUCCGACACGUAAAAACCCGAAAAUGCUAGUGGAAAUGUCGACAUGGGAACCGACUAGACCAUUCACCGAAGCCGUUUAGACAUUCGGGCAGUCCGCGUUGGCUAACGUUAGCGCAUAACGUCGGAGUAUACUGGACGCGCUGUUUAGGAAGAGCCUCUCCGUGAAAGACUGAUUGUAUGGAAGAGGCGGUUGCCUGCGUGGCCAGCCCCUGUUUCCGCCGGGCUGUGCGGAGGAGCGUAGAAGAGACGGCCCUAACCCGCUAAUCCUAACCGUGUUAACCCGCCCAACUCAUCUUAACCCAGGCCAUAGCUCCAGUGCGAGGCAGAGCUCCUGUCCGUUCCAAGUGUGUGUCUGGUGGAGGGCAGGUGAAAGGGAACUGUGGAGGCCAUGCACCAGGAGUGAGGAGGUUUAACCGCAGGGGACACUCACAGUACAGUGGUGAGGUGGCUGUGGAGAUGAAGCUCAAACAGCGCAUGGUGGUGCUGUGUGUUGUCCUUCUCCUGCUGGGCCUGGCCAAGAUUUUCCUGCUGGAUGGGGGGGAAGGCUCGGCAGCCAGCCGACGAGACCUCCGGGCCUUUCGCAAGAUGGAAGCUGGUCUGUCUUUGUCUCGUGGAGCCCGUCUGACCCACACCCUCCAGUCACCAUGGGAGAUAGCAAGCCAGUGGGUGGGUCCCAGAGAGGUGUACCCAGAGGAGACCCCUGAACUAGCUGCUGUGUUGACUGCACUGAGCACAGCCAGGGUAGAGAGGGCAGAUGUGGGGUACAAGGGUACCCAGCUAAAAGCUCUGCUAGUGCUGGAUGGGGGACAAAAAGUGGUCUUCAAACCUAAGAGGUAUAGCAGAGACUAUGUGGUUGAAGGGGAGCCGUACGCAGGCUACGACAGACACAAUGCAGAGAUUGCCGCUUUUCACCUGGACAGGAUCCUGGGUUUCAGGAGAGCUCCUCUAGUGGUGGGGAGAUUUCUCAACCUCCGCAACGAGAUCAAACCUGUCGCAACUGAUCAACUGCUAAGCACCUUUCUCAUGCAGGGUAACAAUACAUGUUUUUACGGCAAGUGUUACUACUGUAGAGAGAGUGAGCCAGCUUGUGCAGAAGGAGAGAUCAUGGAGGGAUCGUUGACCCUGUGGCUGCCAGAUGUCUGGCCUCUGCAGAAACAGAGACACCCCUGGGGGCGCACAUACAGAGAGGGAAAGCUAGCCAGGUGGGAGUAUGAUGAGGGUUACUGUGAAGCGGUGAAAAAGAUGCCUCCAUAUGACGCGGGGCCCAGGCUGCUGGACGUCAUCGACACGGCCAUAUUUGAUUACCUCAUUGGAAAUGCCGAUCGGCAUCACUACGAGAGUUUCCAGGACGACGGGGGAGCCAGUAUGCUCAUCCUCCUAGAUAACGCCAAGAGCUUUGGGAAUGCAGCUCUGGACGAGCGAAGUAUUCUUGCACCGCUCUAUCAGUGUUGCAUGUUGCGUGUGUCCACGUGGAACAGGUUAAACCUGCUGAAAGGUGGCGCUCUAAGUGCAGCCAUGCGUCAAGCUUUGGCAUUUGACCCUGUUCACCCCGUGUUGGCCGAGCCACAUCUGGCAGCUCUGGACAGGCGCCUGUCUGGCAUCAUAGCAACCGUAAAGCAGUGCAUGGAGUCCCAGGGGCCUGACAACACUCUCAUAGAAGAUCGAAUGAAUCUUCCCCAUCCCUAGAAACCGGGGGAGAAGAGAAAAAGGAGAAACAAGAACAACUCUGACUAGACUCUUCACACCUCAAGAGGAGGAGAGGGAAUGUUUUUAGGCGGUAGACCCAAAUGAAUUAUUUUAAUUGCUGGAGCUGUCCUGUUCUUAAAGAAAGAAUCUGGGGACAGGUUUAAAAGACCUGACAUCUCUUUCUCUCUUGUCCCCACCUUUCAGAAAGGAUUAGAAGACAAAUCCAGCCGUGAACUCUACAAAUCGAGGGGUUAAUUUCAAAGCAGUUGAACUUCUCUGUGUUCCAUCAACAUAUAAGCAUUCCCUCAGGACUGUUGUGCACUAAGACAGUAUCUACCAUUUAUCUGGAUCCCCCUUCCUCUGAAACUACAAAUACUACAACUACCACCAGUUUUGAACACACGCAACUUGUGCCAAAAACCGCUUCAUCCUCCAAUCUUUCCUUGGAAGGGGCCAUAGGAAUGAGCUUGGAGGAAUUAAAGGACACCCAGGAGAGCAGAAUGGCAAAGUUAGGGUUGACUUUUCUCCUGGUCAACAACUUUUCUUUAAAAGACACUGGACAGUGGGGAGACAGAUAAAGGAAAAGAAUGUCGAGCUGCACUGGAUCCUCUGGUUGACUAAGCCCACUGAGGCAACUUUGUAAUUUGUGAUAAUGGGCGAAACAAAUAAAAUUGGCUUGACUUGACUGUGAAGGAGCUCAGAUGUUGAGUCAGUAUGAGGUCAACACAGAUGAACUCAUUUCGUUUGAUUUUGGAGAGAAUGGAAAAGAGUCCUAAUUUUAGAAUGGAAGAGUAGUUUUUAUUUUGAACUGGCGCCUCAUUUCAUUUACAGAAGUAGAAUUGGAAUGUGAUUUGGAUGAAAAAUGGGGAGCAAGCCAAUCUUCCCAACCAGUGUGUACAUAAUAAACUAACAUGUUAAAGCAUUAAUGAGACAGUGAAGCAUUAAUUUCAGAGCUAUAAUAUUAAAAAGAUUUUUUUUUUGUGUGCGCGCGUGUGUGUAAGGACGUUUGCCAGGGUGCCAUAUUGUACAGUAAGUGAGAAUGCUACUGAUACUUGCAGACUUUGGAAAUGAUGGGACAAGGAGAUUAAAUGGUACAUUUUCAACAUUAAAAUACCUAUUUAAACACA